AUGCCAGCAUGUUGCCGUGCUGCUCUGGGCGUGCCAGCGUGCUACCGUGCUGCUCUGGGCGUGCCAGCGUGCUACCGUGCUGCCCUGGGCGCUCCAGCGUGCUGCCGUGCUGCCCUGGGCGUGCCAGCGUGCUACCGUGCUGCCCUGGGCGUGCCAGCGUGCUACCGUGCUGCCCUGGGCGUGCCAGCGUGCUACCGUGCUGCCCUGGGCGUGCCAGCGUGCUACCGUGCUGCCCUGGGCCGUGCUAGCGUGCUGCUGCCGUGCUGCCCUGGGCGUGCCAGCGUGCUACCGUGCUGCCCUGGGCGUGCCAGCGUGCUACCGUGCUGCUGCCGUGCUGCCCUGGGCGUGCCAGCGUGCUACCGUGCUGCCCUGGGCGUGCCAGCGUGCUACCGUGCUGCCCUGGGCGUGCCAGCGUGCUACCGUGCUGCUGCCGUGCUGCCCUGGGCGUGCCAGCGUGCUACCGUGCUGCCCUGGGCGUGCCAGCGUGCUACCGUGCUGCCCUGGGCGUGCCAGCGUGCUACCGUGCUGCCCUGGGCGUGCCAGCGUGCUACCGUGCUGCUGCCGUGCUGCCCUGGGCGUGCCAGCGUGCUACCGUGCUGCCCUGGGCGUGCCAGCGUGCUGCCGUGCUGCCGCCGUGCUGCUCUGGGCGUGCCAGCGUGCUGCUGUGCUGCUGCUGCGCCCGCGUACGGGCCGCGUACGGGCCGAGGACCACAAUAUAUACCUGCAGAGACACUUUGGGCGCUCCUUACCGCUGACUGGGGUUUUCAGCCUCAACUACCUUAG